CGUUUCAAUUCAAACUUGUUUCGAGGCAACAUUUUUGGAACCUUCAAAAUUUGUUAGAAAAAAAUAUCCUGCUUGAAAAAGAAGUAUCCAACAAUGAGGAAAAAUACAGAGCUACCCGGUGAAUCGAUGAAUCCUACGAGAGAAUCGAGAUCAAGCUCCAAGGAUGAGGACUUUAGACAUCUUUUAGAUGGCCUCCACUUGCAUAUGCUUCACCUAAUAGAAGACCGACAGCGGCUGCAAUUGCAAGUUAACAAGGAGUCGUGUCGAGCUCGAUUGAUCCUGGCCAGGGUUAGAAUGCACCAGGGUUGCCAACGCACUUCAGCAGAGGCCCAGUUACCAAGGGGGCGACCCUACAAGGCUCUCACUCGAGUUGCAGAGGAAUCGAGUUCCUGGGGAAAGGUCUUCAAGCUCAUCCGACUUCCAGUUAACCCAUUACUUGGAUAUUUUCGACCCCUUACCAAUAUCUUUGGCGCACUGGUGCCGAAUAGCUUGAGGAUUGCGAGUCGGCAUUGGGAUCACUGUCUGGAUCUUGCUGUCGAGUGUGCUAACAUCCAAAGAGAACUCCAAUCGACGAUCACCUCUAUAGAGAAGCUAAGAUGCUCUAAGGAUCAAAGGUAAUCACCUAAGACGAUCUCAGAUUAGAAGCCUAAACCGGAAAGCUAAGUUUAAAG